AUGAACGACCGGUAUGUUCCAACUGCCGACAGUACGGCCAAGCAGCGGAAGAGCGCAAGGUCAGACGACAGUCAGUCUGGACUAGGUCCUGCUGGAAUUGAUGGCAAUAUUGUGGCAUUAGGACCUGGACUGCCGCCACCUGAGUCACCUGUCGAGCAGCAGCGAUCUAUAUCGAGAAUCGUAUUCUCUCCCAAUGGCAUUUCUAGCUACCACGGCCGCACCAGCGCCUUGUUUGAGGACAAUGUUCAAGAGCCUCGUGUGCCGGCCAAUCAAGGUCCGCGCAUGCCAUUGGACUGGGUGCAAAAGGCUCUCGUUGCGGAGGCUGCUCAGCAACGGCAGCUCGAGACAAUGAAGUUUCAGCAAGGAGCUCUCGACUUCGAUGGCGUGGAACCAGAGCUGGGUAUGCACCUGCUGAACCUCCAUUGGAACAGACAGCACCAUUCAUUCUGCAUCACUUAUCGGCCAGCCUUCAUGCGGGAUAUGGCAUGUAAUGGUCCUUACUUCUCUAAGAUCCUGCUGAACGCGAUCUAUUUUGGCGCGUCGAAAUUCAGUCCCCGGCUUGAGGUACGGAAGGAUCCUGAACAAGUGCGAACAGCCGGCUGGAAAUACAGACAGCGGGUGAAAGAGCUCCUGGGAAGCGCGCUCGACUCGAGUGAGAUUACCACUAUACAGGCGCUGUUGGUCAUGGCACAAUCGUUAUUCGCGCUUGGUGAUGAAAGAAGCGCCGCCUGGCUGUAUGCUGGGAUUGCAUUUAGGAUGUUGAUUGAUUUGGGGAUUCAUGCUGAUACCUCAGCUCUGCAAGGCACCAUCCGGCUCUCUGACGAGGACUUGGAGAUUAGGAGGCGGGUGUUCUGGGGAGCAUUUGUGGUCGACAAAAUGCAGAGCUUGUAUCAAGGGCGUCCUGUUUCACUCCAGGAAAGUGACACUCGGGUCCCGAUAUCCUUUCUCGAUACCUACGAAGAGUACGAACAUUGGAUGCCAUUUGCAUACGAUCGGACCGCCCAAGAAUUCUAUCCUGGGAGCCCGGCCUACAGUGUUAGCACCUUCACCGGCCUAUGCCAGUUGUCCGUCAUCAUGAACGGCAUUCUUAACAACAUCUACGCCGAAGCCACCUUCGAUAAGUCACCAGACGAACUGUCCGAGCUUCAGAAGAAACUCGACUCUCGGCUACGAGACUGGUAUGGUCAGCUGCCCCAACACCUGAAGCUCGAACCCUCGAAGCCACCGCCUGUUAUACCACCGCCACACGUGCUGUCCCUCAUGGCGAUGUACAACGUUCUGCUCAUCCUGCUUCAUCGACCAUUUGUUUCCGACGGACACCUCCACAGCAACGCGCGCUCAAUCACCGUCAACUCUCUCCUUGUGUGUGCCAAUGCAGCCACAGCCAUCGUACAAAUCCUGCGACUAUACCACGAGGCCUUCUCAAUCCGACGCGCACCUUACCUCAUCGCUUAUGCAACCUAUGUGUCCUCCACCAUCCACAUUCGCAUAGCUGCCAAGCGGUCACUUGGCUCCGACGCACACAAAUCGCUCGCUACAUGCCUGGAGGUCUUCCGCAUCAAUCAAGAGACGAAUUGGGCCGCCAGGCGCGCCAAGACGAUCGUGGAGAGUCUGGCACGGAAGCUCAACGUGGAGCUGCCGGAAACCACUGGUGCUUUAGAAAUUACCAACGCUGAAGCACAGCAAAGUCGCACGCCGGCAGCACUCCCAGCAAAUGCAGAGCAGCAGUAUUAUGGCCACAAUGAUCCGAGCUGGCAACAAGGCUUCUCGCCAACCAUGGAUGUGGACGCUAUCAUUCAGAGCUUUGCACGAGAGCAAGAUCAGCCGCAAGGCGCAAGUGCUGGCUUGGCGCAGGCAGAUGCCACAGAAAGUGCCCAAUAUCAGGCCGGCUUUACUGGUCCCCCUCCGACUGUCUUCGCAGGAGAUACAGCUGGACAGGGCUGGAUGGGGAACGUGGACUUCACGUUCGAUGACCUUCUCUUUGGUUUCAACAACUCUACCCUGGACAACUUCCAAACGGGAUAUCCUUGA